UCUCAUCCCUCCUCAACUCCGCCACCGUCGUCCCAAAAGCUUUUGCUUCCAUGGCGUUGCUGAUGUCGCCAAUAGUGCAAACCAAAUGCGACGUCAGCAACAUCGUGAAGCUCAAGAAAAUGGCUUCCAUUUGGCGGAAGCGCAACAGAGCCGGUGGCAGCGGUGGCGGAAGGAAUCCACCCUCGGAUGUCCCUCCGGGCCACCUGGCUGUUCUCGUUGGGAUAUUUCGCCGGAGAUAUGUAAUCAAGGUAGAGCAACUGAACCACCCCACUUUGCAUCAGCUCCUGGACCAGGCGUAUGAGGAGUGCAGCCAUCGGGGGGAUGGGCCAUUAGCUUUUCCUUGCGACGAGUCUCUCUUCCGAGAUGUGGUGAGCUCGAUAGAACGCGGUGCGCAUGCAGAUCCUUCCUCGUGUCGUACCGAAGUACGGAAGGACUUGGCCCCGCUUCUGUCUGGAUCUAUGAGAAGAUUGGCGUACUAGAGGAAGUGAGCAUAGCCUAGGCAGUGACGGCGGCUUCGGAAUCUACUCUGCUGUAUCGUGCAGUUAGGCCGAGUACUGCUUCAUUAUUGCAGUUUAUAAGCUUCUACUUACCAGCAUCGCCAGUGUCACUUGUGGUAAUUUGAGAGCCAUCGAUGAGAUGCGUUCUUCUACAAGAUAGGUAUUGGGUACUUCCCACCUUGUAAAAGAUUAUUGUCUCGGUUGAGAGAUGAUGCAUUUCAACCCACGCAUGCAGUAGAUCAAUUUAAAUGAAGAAAACCCUUUAUCCUC